AUGAAUAGAUAUAGAGAUAUUAUUAAUAUAAAAAUCAAUCAAUCAAUCAAUCUAUCUAUCUAUCUAUCUAUCUAUCUAUCUAUCUAUCUAUCAUAUCUGUUCAUAUCUAUCUUAGUAUUUUCAGUUUCUAUCUAUCUAUCUAUCUAUCUAUCUGUCUGUUUGUCUGAGUCUACUACUCAUAUCUAUGUAUCUAUCUAUCUCAUCAACUCAUAUCUAUCUAUCUAUCUAUCUAUCUAUCUAUCUAUCUAUCUAUCUAUCUAUCUAUCUAUCUAUCUAUCUCAGUCUACUCAUAUCUAUCUAUCUAUCUAUCUAUCUAUCUAUCUAUCUAUCUAUCUAUCCCUCUGCCUGUCUCAGUCUACUCAUAUCUAUCUAUCUAUCUAUCUAUCUAUCUAUCUAUUUCAGUCUAUUCAUAUCUAUCUAUCCAUCUAUCUAUCCUUCUGCCUGUUUCUAUCUAUCUAUCUAUCUAUCUAUCUAUCUAUCUAUCUAUCUAUCUAUCUAUUUCAGUCUAUUCAUAUCUAUCUAUCUAUCUAUCCCUCUGCCUGUCUCAGUCUACUCAUAUCUAUCUAUCUAUCUAUCUAUCUAUCUAUCUAUCUAUCUAUCUAUCUAUCUAUCUCAGUCUGUUCAUUCUAUCUUAUUCUGUUCAAAGCUAUAUUCUUUCUUUCGCACACCUUCUUUUUCCCUCUCAUUCAAUUAGUCCUCUCUCUCUCUCUCACGUUCAUCCCCCCCCGUAGGAUUCUUUCUAUCUCCCUCACACAUGAUCUUUCUGGCUUCGAUCUUACUCUUUCCUUUCAAUUGAUAAAUCUAUCUAUCUAUCUAUCUAUCUAUCUAUCUAUCUAUCUAUCUAUCUAUCUAUCUAUCUCAGUCUACUCAUAUCUAUCUAUCUAUCUAUCUAUCUAUCUAUCUAUCUAUUAG